CUUGACCAGAUGCAUGGGAGGACAGCAGGGAGUGCUUUGGCUCUUGACCAGAUGCAUGGGAGGACAGCAGGGAACGUGUGAGGACUAACAAGAUGAGAAGACUAAAGAAAUCAUCAUGAGAGGAACUCAAUGUGAACCGUUAACAGAAGUCCAUUAUGAAGCUGAGAAAACCUUCUGUUUCUCACCUCAAAAUGACGAUCCAUUCCAAUGUGUUCAGUAUGGCUGCCAGCAGAACUGGCAUGCUGAGGAAUAACACCGCCUAUGUCCCUGAACACUGAUACUAGGAGUUGGAUAAAUGUUCUCAUCUGAACUGAAGGUCUGCAUCUAAAAAUCCACAGAUUUGGGUGGAACCAAAGCGGUAGGUAGCCAUCGACCGGAGGGUCGUCGAGGUGAAGGAGUUGACACGACACAGCGGCUGUGUCACUACAGGUCACAUACCUGUGGUAACCAAAGAGUAAAAGCCAGACGGGCCUUUGAAGUUCAUCCCUGCCGAGGGCCAGAGACGGAGAAGUAGGGGCCAGUGGAGGCUGUGAUUGUGUCAAGCUCAUCCCAGCUGUGUGUAGGUGUCCUGGGCUACGUAGCCUAGCCAGACCUACCCCCACCUAAUCCAGAGAUGCUCCAGACCAACAACUACUCGCUGGUCCUGCUGGUCCAGCUAUGUCUGCUGACCUAUGACCUGUUUAUCAACUCCUUCAGUGAGCUGCUAAGGGCAUCGCCCGUCAUCCAGCUAGUGCUGUUCAUCAUCCAGGACAUAGCCACCCUGUUCAACGUGAUCAUCAUUCUGCUGAUGAUGUUCAACACCUACGUGUUCCAGGUUGGCCUGGUCGCUCUGCUGCUGGUGAGGUUCAAAGCCUUACUGAUGCUGUCUGCCCUCUACCUCACCCUCAGCAUCUCCUUUCACUGCUGGAUAGUGAACCUGAGAUGGCUGGAAUCCAACAGUUUCACCUGGACAAACGGCCUACAAGUCCUCUUCGUCUUCCAGAGGGUUGCUGCAGUGUUUGUAUUGCUACUUCUACAAACGGACGACAGAGUGUCUGUGCGACCCGCGGCUGUAUGACGAUUCUGUCUGGCUGAGGGAUGUCUUCGCCAGAGCUCG